UCAAUACCUAUUUAUGGGGACAUUUAAGAACCUUGACUACCACCUCUGAUAACAAAGGCAAAAAAGAGCUAUUUGAGCAUGGACCCAGCUUGGAAGAUUUCAUGUCUGGCGAACUGUCAGACAAGAGUACAUGGUCUGAAUAUAAAGGAAAUCUGAAGCGCCAGAAAGGAGAAAGGCUAAGGUUUCCUCCUUGGUUGAAGACCAGUAUUCCUGUGGGGAAGAACUACAAUAGACUAAAGAACACACUUCGGGAUUUGAAGCUACAUACAGUAUGUGAAGAAGCAAGAUGUCCCAAUGUUGGAGAAUGUUGGGGUGGGGGAAAUUAUGCAACUGCCACAGCUACAAUUAUGUUAAUGGGUGACACCUGCACAAGAGGCUGCAGAUUCUGCUCUGUGAAAACAGCAAAAGCACCUCCCCCGUUGGACCCCAAUGAACCAUACAACACUGCAAAAGCCUUAGCAGACUGGGGCCUUGACUAUGUUGUUCUGACAUCUGUGGACAGAGAUGAUCUUGCCGAUGGAGGUGCUGAACACUUUGCAAAGACUGUUUCAUAUAUAAAAGAAAGGAAUCCCAACCUCAUUGUAGAAUGCUUGACUCCAGAUUUUCGAGGUGACCUAACAGCUGUGGAGAAAGUGGUAUUAUCUGGAUUAGAUGUUUUUGCCCAUAAUAUGGAAACUGUCAGAUCAUUACAGAGAUUUGUUCGUGAUCCCAGAGCAAAUUUUGACCAGUCACUGAGCAUUUUGCGGCAUUCAAAAGAAGUGCGUCGUGAUGUAAUUUCCAAGACAUCUUUAAUGUUGGGACUAGGCGAGACAGAAGAAGAAGUGUAUGAAACAAUGCAAGAACUCCGUGAAAAUGGUAUAGAUUGUCUUACUUUAGGACAGUACAUGCAACCAACAAAGCGUCAUCUGAAGGUUGAAGAGUACGUAACACCUGAAAAGUUUAAAUACUGGGAGAAAGUAGGCAAUGACCUGGGUUUUCUGUAUACUGCAAGCGGACCUUUAGUGCGCUCUUCUUACAAAGCAGGUGAAUUUUUCAUGAAGAACCUACUGAAGAAGAGGAAACAAGAAGCAUUGUAGAUGAAGGAUUAUGUAUUAUAAUUGCUGCAGCAGAUGUUAACAUUUACUGCCAUUCCUUUAGCAGCGUUAAUACUGGCAACAGUUUCAGAAUUUGAGCAAGUUCAUGAGGAGAAUUUUAACAUGUAGUGCUCGAUGAGAGAAAGAUAGAAAAUUAUUACAUUUGUUUUUUAAAUCUGUUGCUGUUUUUUUCAUGUGAUCUGAUCUUUAUUCACUGGCUGCUGGAGUUUGGUGAUAGCCUGUACAACCUGUGGAUUAGAUUUAGUAGAGGGAAGGCAUAAGUUUCUAAUCUCUGUACUGACCUUAAAGAUGUAUGAAUUAGAUGGCUGCCUAGGGUUCCAUUCUUCUGGUGGCACAUGGUACUUUUUAAAACUUUUUCAGUAUGCUUGUGUGGAAUCCUCAUUCUGCACAAUCACCUCUGCACAGAGAGACAUAGAAGCUGUAGCUGUUGCUUAGCAUAGCAACAUCCUCCAUCUCCUGCUCCACACCUUCACUCUACCUAAAGCUUUCACACAUAGAGGCAGCACUUUGUAGUGAUACAGUCUUAGUUUUCAUAAGGACACACUGAGAUUUACAAUAGUACUGAAGCUGACAGGCAUUAGUAGAAGGUGUGCCAAGUUGUGCAUGCCCUAUGCCUCACCAACAUUCCUUUGCCUGAAGUUCUUGUGAAUUCAUUGAAUAAUAAACAGAGCUACAUCCCACUGGUAUCAUGACUGAUCUGCAUACCAUAACAUGACUCUGUCAGUGUUCAGCAUUCAUCCUAUAAAACGUUCUGGGUUUAGUGUUUCCUGGCCCGGCUGUACCUACUUCAGUUGUUUUCACAUAAGGCAAAUGCUGUCCUCCUGCUAUUACUAAGGAUGCGAGCUGUAAAUAAUGGACUGUCGUUAAUGUCACUUAUUUUGUUCUCAAGUAGUCAGAGCCAAAAGGUUUACGUUAGCUAGGAAGCCAAAGAAAAAUCCACAAACUGAAGUCUAAGAAGAAACAGCUGUUAAACUGGUAAAAUUCAUUCUUUCUUUGUGUUUUAUUUUCCAUUUGCUAACCGGAUAGGUGAACUGUUCCAAGGACCCCUUUCCGCUAUGAACAAGCCAAGUAGCAGAUAUGUCAGAAAUAAUAUUAGAGUAGAUAUUAACAUAUGUCUAUUUGGAUUAAAUUGUCAUUCUGUUAACAAAUGUAUACUCAAAUACAGUGCAAGAACAUGUAUAAUGUAAUCUCUAGUAGUGACAGGAAUUCUUGCAGAAUUAUGAAGAUAUGGCAUGACUUGAGGAUGAAUACUUUUCACCUAUUUGACUGUCUUAAGUGUACUUGAACAAGCUGUUUAGUGCCUAAAUUAAUCCAUAUUUUCAACAUAUGUCAGUGUACAGCUACUGCAUGAAAACAUAUUUUUGUCAGUCUAAUUUAUUUCAUCAUAAGAAACAAACACAGUAUGGUUGAUAAACCAUAGGUUAGCAUUAUCCUGCAUAAAAUAUGGCAUAGAGUUUCAAACCAAUGGAAGAUGAUUCCCAGUGGCAUUUCACGGGUGUUUUCUCAUGGAUCUUGGAUUAUGUGUAUGAAUAGGUUCAUAGGUAGGUACUAGGCUAUUGGCCCUAGGGCUUAUAUAAGCCUAGCCAAAAAGGUACCCUGGCUUUCGCCACCCAAGAAAAUUAUUUUCUUGUGCCCCUAUCGAGCAGAGUCACAGAAGUGAUCCCCGGGGUGAAUUUCCUAUUUCCCAUGUAUCAUUUUAGUGUAUUUUAUAGUCAUGGGCAAUGAUCUAUAUGUGGCAGUCUCCAGAGACAUUUAGCCAAUGUUUCUUGGCACACUGAUGCUGCUUCUUAGUCAAGGCAGUGAUUUACACACAUCAGUCUUCAAAUUAUGAGACGGUGCAUAUUCUUAAAUUUCAACUUCAGAGAAAUCCAGACAGUGCUUCUAGCUACAGUAAUGCUGUUUACGGAAAACUGCAGAGGAAAAUGUAGAACAAACCUGUCAUUUAAGUCCUGUUCUAUGAAGCUGUAGUCCUCCCUUAAGUUUGUCUUUAAAUAUAGCCUGAACAGUAAAAACUUUUGGUGCAGUGAAAUAUUCCUGCUUUCUUUGUAGAGUUAAGACAUUAGUGAUGUGGCUGUAGUAUCACAGCCUGUUGAGGGUGCAACGCCAGGUACUUGUAUAUCCCACAACUUUAGUGACCUCUCCCUUCCUUCCUCUUAUGGCUUGCAUUUCAGGGUACUUUGUAGAGUCACAAAUUCAAUGAUAUCUCUCUUCAUUGUUAUUAACUGUAGUAAGCCAACCCUAUCAACAUGAAUUUUUGAGGUAGAAACAGCAUUGGCUGAAGUUUAUAAGUUUUGUAAUGGACCACUGUUACAAAGCCAGUCAGACAGUUCUGAAGCUGUCACAUUUGAUCUUGUGCAUUCUCAGGUUUGUUGACAUUGCUAAUGAGCAAUGUGUCAUCAACAUAUUGAAUGGCUGUUAUAUUGGCACUAUAUUCCAUUUAUGAAGAUAGGAAUUUGGUUAUCCCUGACUUCUAUAAAACCUGAAAUAUCAUUACAUUCAUAAUGGAAUGUAAAACUAUGAAAGAAACUUAACCUAAAGAGUUUCUAUUUCUCCCAAAGUGGCCCUAUCUUGAAGUGGAGAUAUGCAGGUCUGGAGUAUGGAGCGCAGUUCCCUAUUUUUAGGGGAGCAGAAUGCAAAUUAUUUCCUAGCUGUUUUGAAGUUUUACAUUAAAAGUAUGAUUGCAGUCAAAUUUAGCUGUACAGUUAUCUGCUGUAAUUACCCGAGAUUUAGAAGUGCUAGAACAUAUCCCUGCAAUACUAACACAGCUGCCUUAAAGAUGAGGCAGUACUCCAUUUAUCUCUGAUUUGUCAGUGAUGAGUAACUUCCUUUUGUACUCAGUACAUUUAUUUCUUUUGAAACACUUGCGGAAUUUUGACAUAUUUAUAUCAUUGCAUGUGAUUAUCAAUAUAUUUCUGCAAAUGCAAUCAUGGUUUGUUGGUUUGUUGUGUAGAAGACAUUAUCUUUCUUUUACAGUAAUUCCUUUAUUGUUAGAGCAGAUCAUUUUUACCGUAGUGUAAAAAGCAGCAUAACAAGCUCAUUUUGCAUUUGGAUACAUUUAUUUAGUUGUAUGAUGUAUUUAUGAAAUUUGAAUGGAUUUUGAUAAAUAUUCAGUACUUAAGGAAUAUUUAUUCAAAUGGGUAGUUCAGGUUUAUUUGACCCCCCCCCCCCCCCCGCCCUUUAUCCUUUAAAUGUUGCUGGUACUUUCAUAUUUCUAUGCAUUAAUGAAAUUUCCUGUAGGGAGAGAAACCUGGCUGCUGGAAGUGGGGUGGUUAUCUCAAUAAAUUUGUUACAGUUGAGCAAUAA